AUGACAAACCCAGUAAACUUGACAUCCGAGAUCUUUCCAGGGGAGUCUCAAGACGGCGCAGACACUGUCAUGACGCUUGUUUUUCUGGGAGUUCUGGGAAUCACCAUGACGACGCUCCUUUCAGGAACGUUCUGGGCAUGGAAAACAGAGAACAACGAGAAGAAAACGGUAAAGAAGUUAAACAAACCGAUUAAAAGUCGUUUUAAAAGAUAUUUAGAUAAGUUAAGGAACUGGACGAUAAAAUAUCAAUUAUCAUGAAGCUUCUUUUAAAAAAUUGUUUACUUUAAUAAAGGAUUGCUCCAAGAGAAUCAAAGAUACUUUUACACAUUUCUCUUGAAAGUAUCUUUCCCCCUAUCUGGUAGGUUCUGUUUUCAAGUUUGUGACGUCGUAGGUUGUCAUCCCUCCCUAUUAACUGUUUAUUGGUAGUUGAAGAGCCGUGUUGUAUUUCUUUUAUGUGCGCGAAGGUUUUUUCUUCCUUUAUUGUCUGAUAAUAUCAAUUGUUUCACAGUAGUAUAUUUCUUGUUUUAUAUCAAACAGGCUGGUGUCACAGUCAUUCCACAACAAUCUCUUCAUCGUCGACCACAGCACUACCUACUAAUGUUUUACACAGGAUCUGGUCGACACAGUGCAACCACUGCAAAUGUAUUUUGUCAAAUCUACGGAAAUGUUCUCAAGUCAAAACCCAUUGUGCUUCGCGACCCUGACAGACCGCUGUUUCAGUCUUCUUCUGUGAGCUCUUUCCUCGUCACCUUAAGCCGUUCUCUAGACGAGAUACGAGAAAUCCAUAUCUGGCAUGACAUCUCUGGUCCAAAUCCCCCAUGGUAUUUAGAGAGAGUUGUAAUUUGCCAUCUGAACACAGAUGUCACGUGGUAUUUUGAGGCAAAUCGCUGGCUUGAUGUUAGCACUGGCUCAAAGGAAGUUGGGUGCAAGUUGCAACCUUUACAAAGAAGGUCAUUUCUUAAAAGCACGACCUUGUUUAAUGCUAAAAUUAAUGAUAACUUCAAAAACAAGCAUCUUUGGUUCUCUCCAUUUUUUCCAAAUAAUAGAAAAACGUUUGGCAAAUUUGAAAAAAUAUCUUGUUGUUUAGCCUUGGCUUCAACGAUGGCACUGAUUGCAACUGCCCUGGUAGAAACAACCCAGACUAUCUUCUCUGAUGCUAAAGUGUCAUUAGGACCAUGGAAUUUAAAACUUGACGAUAUUUACAGAGGUAUUGUGUGCAGUGCAGUUGUUUUCCUUGUUCGCCUUUUGCUGGAAAGCCUCUUCUUAAAUUCUCAAAGAGAAUCACAUUCGUGGGAGAGAGUACAGUGACCGACGAAGGUGAAUGUUCUCUAACAUCUCAAGGCGAGACUCUUACGUCUGACGACAAAAUCAAUGACAAAGAAGAACUCACAAGCUCUAAGGAAGAGCAAAAUGAAAAUGAAUUUGUAGGUGAUCCCAAAACAUAUAGCUUAGAAAGAAGACUGAGCCUGAACGACGUGGACGUGGAGUAUUUCUCUGAGACGUUAGCAGAGAAAAGCGAAGCCGAGAACUUUUGCUCUUCAGACGAAGCCCAAGACCUUAGAGACUUAUUUAAAGUUCUUGGGAAUUUACCUGAAAAAGAUGAACUUAUGCAGAUUCUUGGCAACAGGAAGAACAAAUUUCCAAACGACAGUUCUUCGCAGGAACCAAUAGAAGAAAAACGAGCUACUCACAAUAAGGAAUCUUUACUCCAGAAUCACAAUUCUUGCCAAGAAUCAGUUGUUUGGACUACAACGGUUACCAGCCCCGAUGAAAUUCCAGAAUUGUGGAAACAACUUCCAUUUCCGCGUCACGUAAUCGAUGAUUGCAGUAUUAAAAAGAUAAGCGGUAGCAUGCCCAAACUCCCCAAAAUUGUCUUCAAGAUUACUCAAGUCCAAUGUUUUGCUAUUCCUUUGCUUUCAACUGUUAUAGUGUUGCUGAUUGGCAUCCAGUGGCCUGUUUCUAUGGUAACCUCCUGGAUAAUAACAUUUGCAAUUGCUCUGGUAUUUGAAAUUUUUGGUUUGGAAGUGCUUUAUAUUUUCUUACACUCGCUUUAUUUUACAACGUGGUACAAAAGGCCAGUUAAAGAAGAAGAUUUGAUUAACGAACUGGUCUUAAAUAAAGUGUGGAUUAAUGAUGAACGGACUAUAAAAUAUUACAGUGACGAAGUCAUCAUGGCUGGAGAAGAUGGAGAGGAAGUUCCUUGGCCCCCGACUAAAGAAGACAUACAAAAAGCGCAAGAAUCUGCAGGGAGGGAGCGGGAGUUGGAAGAUGUUUUGAAAAUGCUAGUGUUUGAUGUUCUAUUUUUAGUGCUCCUGUUUCUCAUAUCUUUCGGGAACAGGGAUCCCUUAUCUUAUCCUUCAAGAAGUGGGAUCGAGAGUUCUUUCAACAUCAGCAAAAGCUUUUAUAAAAAGGUAAUUAGUUUCCUCUUGAUUUUGUUAAUAUCACGUAAAUACUGUGUAACUAAGGCCCUUAGGGCCUCUUCACAUGAGCCCGGUUGACCGGGCUGGCCCGGUUUCCGAGAUCUCGCGUUACAUCUAAAUCCUUUGUAAAAUUUUCGAUGUGUUCAUAUGAGAGGGCAGGCUGACUCGGUUCCCGAGAUCUCGGUAAGCGGGCUGGAAAUUUUGCCAUAUGAACACUUCAUCCCGGUUACCGGGAUGAACGGCGGGGUAAAUUCUCGUGGUCCAGAUGGCAUCGUCUUUCAUUGCCUGCUGUAUUUUACACAUCAUAAGCAUCCCAUUUAACUGCAGUGAUACAGCUUUAAGAGUUACCGAAGCCCGAAAGUAAAAAAUUUUCUCUUUCUCCAAGUUUGCUUUGUUUCCCAAAUUUGGCGCCAAAACUCGUCCCCAGGAUCUUUGACCUUUUUUCAUCUUGGAAACCGGGCUGAAAUUUCUCAUAUGAACCCAAGGCAAAAUUCAUCCCGGUAACCGAGCCAGCCCGGUCAACCGGGCUCAUGUGAAGAGGCCCUUAGUCCCUUGAAAUACAAUUAAAUUACAUUUCACAAUAGCCACUUAUCGACAUUUGAAAGAUGUAUGCAGGGGCAUGUGAACUUCUUUGUACUCCUGGUUUGUUAAUUGUACCUUGCUGUAUCUUUCUUUGCCCAGAGUCUUUCAUUUAUGAAAGAAAAUACCAAAGAACAAUUGAAAAAGUUUAUCGUCGUCUUCUGCAUACAUACCUUUUAGUCUAAAGAAACAAAAAACCAAACCAAAGAACUGAUAAAGGAUAUUAACUGAGGUGUAUUUUGGGAAGUGUGACCAGGAUGAAAAGACGUGAAACUGUAUCAUACAGUUUUAAGUGCAAUCCCUCGCGUGCAACGGCUUUUGUUUGUUCACCUUUUCUAAGAAAUUCACGUUUUAGCAUGUUAUUUUGCUUCAAACAAAACCUUGCUUGUAGUUAUUUUAGGGCGUUUUCGGUGACAAAAUUCCGACGACAGGAGCGGGGAAAUUGCUAUUCAAGGUAUAAAAUCCCUUACAUCACACAUCUUUCCGUACAGGAAUUUUUAGAGUACUUAUUUUUAUUUUACAGGUAAAAAACACCGAAACGUUUUGGAAAUGGCUCAUGAAUGAUACCAUUCCAGUUCUCUUGUAUGAUCCUUUUGACAAAACACCCAACGAGGGUAGACGUCACUUUCUAAAUGAUGGCUUCUCGUACGUGCUUGGAACUGCCAUUGUUCGACAACAGAGAAUACACCCAGGAGGUACUUUGUCUUUUUAAUGGGAAAUUAAACACAAAUAGCGUAUUUUUACUCCUAUGGCUAUCAUCAAAUACGGCUAUAAACAUGAUCGCAUUAACCUAAACGUUUUCUUAAUAGAUGUCUGGAACUCUGCAACAAAUCAUUUUAGACAAAUAACUUGCCUUGAACAAUAGCGACAGUGCAUGCACUGAGUCUGGGAGUUUAGUGUGCCAAUUGUCUCCUUAAAAACCUGGCUCUAUGUAAAAAUUCGUUUGAAUAAAAUUUUCAUCUCUAUUGAAUACAAAAAAGCAAAAGUAUUCCUACCCUCUCAGAGUCAACAAUGGAACAGCUCAUCUGUCAGCAAAGUUGAUCGUGUGAUCUUUUGCAUUUGCAUUUUCAUCUUAUUUCUUCAUUUCCCUUAUUCAAUACAGUGUAAUUUUCUCUUUAAAAAUGCUUAUUAUUUCUUACUAAUCUGCUUUUAAAAAAAAUCUUUUCCGGGCGUAUUUUAAAAUAGCUUUCACUUGGCCUUUUCUGUUUCUCUUAUUCCUGAUCUGGUAUAUUUCACUGUCACUGAUAAAUUCAUUCUGAAUUAUCAACGAGGCCAAGCAAAGCUCGAACAACAAAACCACCUGACCUCCCAUGACCUGUAGCCAAUGUUUUCUGACUUCAAUCGUAAAUGAUACGAACAGUUUGAAAACGAAAUUAAAUUCAUAAUAAUAAUUUUUGAUGAGGCUGGGUUUGCUAUGAAGGAUUUUUUACAUAGGAAUGAAAUGAAGCCGAUUUAAAGGAGUAGAAAACGGAGAAAUAACCUGAAUGGAUUUUUAACAAUUAUUGGAUGAGGCCGAACAAUUAUGGAGAUCUCGGGAGUGUAUCCACCUAGGCCGAGUUGUAUUCUUGCUGUUUUUCCUAUGAUUUUAGGGAGCAAUUCCGCUCUUUCUUCUUCGCGAAAAGUGAGAAAUGUUCCGCCAUUUGUAAUACUCUACUAAAAAAAAACGCAGUCUCGUCCCAUAGCUUCUCGGUUUUAACGUCAUUUUUCACAUAUCGCAAACGUCUUCCAAAUUUGGUCAACGCCAGCUAAUUAUGAAGAAUUAGCCGCGGGAUUUGAGCCAAUCAGAAACGGAGAAAUAUUUUAAAUAACUAAUAAUUCAAAUAAUCUUAGCUAUUGUUAGUAAUUAAUUAUCAGACGUACAUAGUGCUCCCCGAUGUGUGAUUUUAGAAAAAUAUGUAAGAAAAUCAUUAUAUGUUUUAGGCAAAAAUAAUUGACGUUUUAUUUCCUUCUCAGCGAGCUGCCAGGUUGCUGAUAUUGCCAAGAAUACUUUUGCUGAAUGUCAUCCCGUGAGACUAAUCAACAGCAAUGAAGACAAAAGUUUGUACCGUAAAGGGUGGAAGAAAAACACAGUGUCUAAGGAAAGCGAUAUGUAUGAGUCAUCACCACGGACAUAUGUGGAUGGACAAAAAUCCAAAACUGAUUAUACCUCAUGGGGAAGAACAAAUGCCUUUUAUGGUGGAGGUUAUAUUGCUUAUUUGACAAGUGAAAGACAAUCUACUCUUCAACUACUCAACUCACUAAAAGAACAUCAUUGGGUUGACCGGCUAACAAGAGUGGUAUUUCUUGAGUUUUCAAUCUACAACGCGAAUGUUAACAUUAUAUCUGCACUGAUAUUUUCCGUAGAAUUUUCGUCUUAUGGCGGAGCGUUACCACGUUUUGAUAUGUAUUCUUUUCGUUUGUAUCGCUAUUAUACUCCCCUGCAGUUCAUGUAUCUUGCUUGUGAAGUGAUAUUCGUUGUCUUUGUAGCACAGCUUAUCAGUCGAGUGGGACAUCAAAUCUAUCGAGAUCGGUGCAGCUACUUCACGUCAUUCUGGAAUUAUUCUGAUCUUUUGCUGAUCGUUUUCUCAAUUGUAACAAUUGCUUUAUAUGCAGUUCGUUGGUUUCACCUAAGCAACGCCAUUGAAGCAAUUCGAGAAAACCCCGACAAGUUUUAUGACUUUUUGACAGUCUCAUUAUACGAUGAAUUUAUAGCUUACAUGUCCUGUUUAAUCUUUAUCAUCCCUUGCCUUCAAUUUAUGAAGUUUUUAAAGUUUAACAGGAACUUUUUGAUAUUUUACGGAACUCUUGAGAGAAUUCGUCAAGACGUUUGUGGCUUUGCAUUUGUGUUUUUGGUCAGUAUGCUAUGCUACACUUUUUGGGCCUACACCAUGCUUAAAACAGUAGCAGAGGUUUUUAGCACAUUUGGAGGAACAUUUUACGGUAUGAUCGCUAUGUUGUUAGGAAAAUUUAGCUUCAGGUUAUUGUCACCUGGCCAGGCUUUCACAACAUCUCAAGUUGGACCGUUCUUCACCUAUGCGUUUACAUGUACCAAUGUAUUCUUCAUAUUAAACAUUAUACUAACCAUCAUUGCAAUAGGAUUUACAGAGGCACAGAAAGAGGAACGAUAUCAGAAAAGCGAGUAUGAAAUAAUGAGCUUCAUCUCCAUUUAUGUUAAAGACCGUUUAGGUCUUCUCCCCCCUUAUAUACCACCGCCACCGCAAAUAUCACCUCCGGUUAAAGAAAAACACUACACGUACUUUCAGUGGAAGUCAUGUACAAGUUAUGUGAUCCAGAGUCAGUUUAGGCGAAUAAUGAAAUUCACCGACGACAGCUAUUUACAGGAUUUUAAAGAGGAGUUAGAAAUUGUUGCAGAUCUGCUCGGGAUACCAAUGCCAAGAAAGAUCCUAGAGGAAAUCAUUCGCAGGGAACAAAAUUUGGAUAGUUUUGCUUACCUGUAA